UUAGAAUCACGAAGGUCAAGAACGGGAAUGAAAAGUAACUCGUGAGAAAAAUAGGUAUCUGCGAUUCUUUGCAACUUUUGUCAGGAUACCUACACAAUGGACAGCAUUGACAUCAAACCAGGACAGAAAGUACUGCUUAUUUGGGGUGGACAGUCAUCAGAAAAUAUUCAAGAUAUUGUCCAGUUUCUGACCAGCCAAGCAGGGGAGUCAGGCAGCGUCCAUGUGGAACAUGUGGAGAGACUUACACAGUCUUCACAUCCUAACUCGGUGUUCGAUGUUGCCGUCUGUGGCCUGAUCAACCCCGGGGUAAUCCAGCAGGACAUGGACAGACUCGGGGAGAUCUGCAGGAUACUGAAGCCAGCUGGUACACUCUACAUCCGGGAUGCUGUCUCUAACAAUGCCAGCGGAACUGUACAGACAACAGACAAAAUGGUGUCAACACUGAAACUCUCAGGAUUUGUCAACUUGUCAGCUCCUGUUUCUUUACCUCUGAGCGAUGAUGACAAGGCAGCCCUACAGAAUCUGUCAUCAGACAAUGGCUUGUCACUGGUGCAGAUCAUGGCGGAGAAACCCCACUAUGAAGUAGGGUCCACUACGCAGCUCAAACUGUCAUUUGCAAACAAACCUAAAGCAGUAGAUGCUAAUGUAGCCAAGGUGUGGUCGUUGUCUGUGGAUGAUGUGCUAGAUGAUGAGGUGGAGCUUGUUGAUGACGAUGCUCUCCUGGAACAAGAUGACCUGAAAAAGCCAGACCCCGCCUCUCUCAGAGCUGAUUGUGGUGCAAACCCCAAGAAGAAGAAGGCUUGCAAGAACUGUACAUGUGGGCUGGCAGAGGAGCUGGAGGAAGGGGCUGACAUCAAGCCCAAACCAGUCACGUCUGCCUGUGGAAAUUGUUACUUGGGUGAUGCAUUCCGUUGUGCCAGCUGUCCAUAUCUUGGCAUGCCUGCCUUCAAGUCAGGAGAGAAGGUCGGCCUCAGUGACAGACAGCUGAAGGCAGACGCCUAGUCAUGUGUUGUGAACCAGUGAGAGUGGCCUGUGUUACAAUGGCAACAUGAGAUUAGGAGAAGAUGUUGACAGCCCAUAUUUAUGUCGUCUGUCAAAGGUUCAUAGUCAGACGGAACGGUAACCCAAGAAGACAUGAGAGUUGUGCUACUUGGUAUCCUGUUCCUGGCGUGACCCGUGUUAUUCUUGAUGUAUUAUAUCUGUUGAUGUAUUAUUUCACAGAGCACGGGUGUCUAUCAAGUUCUGGUUGUCCCAGAAUUAGUACCCAGGAACCUAUGCUGGUUGUUGUGGUCAGUUUAAUGGAUCAGGUGGUCAGAAUUAGUGACUUUCUAUAUUUUUCACACGUCAUGAUACACUGGGGUCACGGAUUGUUGCACUUAAUAUCAAUUACCGGUUUGGAUAGUCCAGACUCAAUUAUUUUCUGUCCACCAUCAUUUAGCUGGAAUGUUGUUGAAUAGCACAUUAUCAACAAAUUAACAAGAUUAUGUUCUUGUGUCCUGUUAUUCUGGCUUUCUUUUGAACCCUAUGGGGAUUCUGGGAUUCUAGGUCCUCAGCAGUGUAUGCUUGUCGCGAGGUUAGUAAAUGAUAUAAUGGUGUCUGCCUCAGUGACUCAUUCAGUGUCUUAGCCCUGAUUGCGUCGUUGCUUAUAUGAAUUACCGUUGCUUAUAUGAAUCACUGAUUUUAAUUGAUUGUUAACAGGCUAGAUGGAACAUUGGUUGACAGACAAAUCUUUGUAUUUCCUGACUGUGUGUUCCUGUUUAGUCUGUAUGACAGUCACUGAACCACAUAAUUUUCCCUAAAGCCUAGCCCUCCCUGCAAUGCUAAAGACCUAAAUGAAGCAAGUCUAGAUUUCCCCAGGUUCAGGAUCUCCCAUCUCACUGGGGCUCCUUAUCAAUUUAAAUGGGUUUAUUUGUAACUUUCAAAAAUGAUAUAUAUUCAGAGACUAAGCAUUAAUCUAGUUCCUGUUUUACUUCUCCAAGUUUUGAUCAGUUGGUGAAUUAUGACCAGUGCUUGGAGGUGUCCUUUUGCAGCUAAGCUUAUGCACAUUGAGUUGGGCUUUAUAUAAUUAUUGACUACCUUUCUUCUCUAUUUUGUGGAAAACAAAUAAACAAAGUACCUUCAUGUAAUGUUGAGUACUAUCAUCAUGAUUGACUUGAAGUACAGGAGUUUUGAAUGAAAUUUGUAUUGCAACAUUGUAUGC